AUGAUUCCAAAUAUUCAACUUUCUCUGGCUGAGUUUGUAGGAUGGAUAAAUCCCUUCACACGAAAGGAUCUUAUUCGUUUGUGGGAAAAGUUCAUAGGUCAGGAGUCGUCCUUAGGUCAGGAGUCGUCCUUAGGUCAGGAGUCGUCCUUAGGUCAGGAGUCGUCCUUAGGUCAGGAGUCGUCCUUAGGUCAGGAGUUGUCCUUAGGUCAGGAGUCGUCCUUAGGUCAGGAGUCGUCCUUAGGUCAGGAGUCGUCCUUAGGUCAGGAGUCGUCCUUAGGUCAGGAGUCGUCCUUAGGUCAGGAGUCGUCCUUAGGUCAGGAGUCGUCCUUAGGUCAGGAGUUGUCCUUAGGUCAGGAGUCGUCCUUAGGUCAGGAGUCGUCCUUAGGUCAGGAGUCGUCCUUAGGUCAGGAGUCGUCCUUAGGUCAGGAGUCGUCCUUAGGUCAGGAGUCGUCCUUAGGUCAGGAGUCGUCCUUAGGUCAGGAGUCGUCCUUAGGUCAGGAGUCGUCCUUAGGUCAGGAGUCGUCCUUAGGUCAGGAGUUGUCCUUAGGUCAGGAGUCGUCCUUAGGUCAGGAGUCGUCCUUAGGUCAGGAGUCGUCCUCAGGUCAGGAGUCGUCCUUAGGUCAGGAGUCGUCCUUAGGUCAGGAGUCGUCCUUAGGUCAGGAGUCGUCCUUAGGUCAGGAGUCGUCCUCAGGUCAGGAGUCGUCCUCAGGUCAGGAGUCGUCCUCAGGUCAGGAGUCGUCCUCAGGUCAGGAGUCGUCCUCUUAUCAGGGAGUUACUCCUGUUACAGUUACUCCUGUUACAGUUACUCCUAUUACAGUCACUCCUGUUACAGUUACUCCUGUUACAGUUACUCCUGUUACAGUUACUCCUAUUACAGUCACUCCUGCUACAGUUACUCCUGUUACAGUUACUCCUGUUACAGUUACUCCUAUUACAGUUACUCCUAUUACAGUCACUCCUGCUACAGUUACUCCUGUUACAGUUACUCCUGUUACAGUUACUCCUAUUACAGUCACUCCUGCUACAGUUACUCCUGUUACAGUUACUCCUGUUACAGUUACUCCUGUUACAGUUACUCCUAUUACAGUCACUCCUGCUACAGUUACUCCUGUUACAGUUACUCCUGUUACAGUUACUCCUAUUACAGUUACUCCUGCUACAGUUACUCCUAUUACAGUCACUCCUGCUACAGUUACUCCUGUUACAGUUACUCCUGCUACAGUUACUCCUGUUACAGUUACUCCUAUUACAGUUACUCCUGUUACAGUUACUGUUUCAAGUGAGAUGUGA